ACUUUACCAUGGCGAAGACCGUCGUAGUCAGAUUGUUCUUAUUUUUACCGCUGUUGCUAUGGUAACCUUCUGCUGCAGCCUCUUUUUUGUUGCCAGAGUUACUUGACCAAGAACAUUGCUCGAGAACAGCAGCAUUAUAAGCGUAGCCGUGCGCUUUGCUGGACUUAUGCUUUUUCAACAAACCACCGCAGUUCGGAGGUUCUGGCUCGGCUUUGCUUCGCCCGGGGGUUGAGAACCCCCGAGAUCAGCAGGCAAGAUCAUCGCCGUCCGCCAUAGUCUCCAAUAUUCUCAUUACGACCCACGUCCGUAGCACUGCUACAGUGAGGGUAUCGUCUGGGCCCUUCAUAAGUUCACCCACAGGCGCAGUGAGAUAGAAAUACUCCUAUAGCCUGUGGACUUCCUUGAUAGGUGUAGGGUGAAUAAUCAAUCGGCGAAACAACUGUGGGUGUGCGUGUGGUUAGAGUUUCUUUCUACUGGAGCAGUUGCUAGCAGUACCCUUGUUCUACUCGUCCGCUUUAGCUACUCAUUGUGUGCCGUAUGCUUCCGCCACGGUACUGCCAAUAAACGUCGCUUUAACGCAGGAAGAUUUGUUUUUAGCACCACCCUCCGUUUUAUCAGAGGUUGGCAAGAAAUAGGCGUUCAGUUCAACUGUGGUUGUGUCCUGAACAGUGAUCACUGACCGACCUAUUCGGUCAACGUUAAGAGCUGGUACUAUUGUGUAUAUUAGUGUGCCGACAGUGCAUGUAUUGAGUAUAUGAGGACGCAGUCCUGUAAUCCACGGCCGAGGAGACCUGAAAGCCAAGGAAUUAUACACGCACACAUACAUAUCUCUAAUAAAUCUAGAAGAUGGCAGCCACACUUCUAAUGAAUAUGAACAAGGUUCCUACAGGAGCUAUGCCCACGGAGAAGGACAUGGACCCGAACGAUAGCAUCCCCUGGUACCUUAAAUACGGCGCCAGGGUCGUGGGUAUAAUUGCGUCAUUAUUCGCGAUCGGUAUGGGUAUCCAGCUGGCGUUUCUUUCAGCUUUGACGAUCUCAUUUUGGUGUCUUCUAGCAGCUAUUCUUCAAUGCGCCGCGGGCCUACUAGUUGCCCUGCUGGAGGCGCCGUAUCUCUGCGCCGCCCUGGAGUUCGCUAAGAAACCAGGCCAGAUGAUAGAUGGAAAGCCCCUUAUGCUGAAAGCCGGCAUCUACUGUGUUGCUGGCAUCGUUCCUGCUCUGAUGUGCAUGGGAAUCACCACAAUGCUCGGCUCGGGUCUGAUCUUCUGCUGUGGUCUCAUGUACGGCAUGAUUGCCAUGGGUCGAAAAGCACCUCAAGCUGAUAUGGCGGCCGCUGCUACAGCUAACGGAGCCACCCCAAUGUCGCCUUCGAUGAUGGAAGCUGGGGUCCCGUUACCGCCCAAACAGCAGUACGUCAACUAAUUCAAACAAUUAUUAUAUUAUAAUAAUUGGUCUGAAAAAGCAACGGCAUUGAAGAGUACUAAGGAACAAACGCGUAGCGUGCGGGAAAAAUAAGACCAAAUAACCGAAAACAGAUCGGCUGCCAUCGACUGGGCCGGAACCAGUUCAGCGGAUGCAUCACUCAACUGUCGCUAUAUACUGUGCGACGACGUACACCUUCUAAGUUGAACCACUGAUGAAUUCUGGUCAAAAAAAGGUGAAUAGACAGUGCGCUUACAGAACAUGCUAGUCCUAUUGCUGUCCUGAAAACACCAAUAACGAUAAGUGAGCAUAUCGGCUCUAAUUUGUUUGAUAGCGAAAAAGAAAAACAAAAAUUAUAGCCACGCCAAAAUGGCCGAUAUAGAUACUAAUUCGUUUCGUUGUUAUCUAUAUUUCAUUAAAAUUGCUGCUGCUGUUACUACUUAUAUUUUAUUUAUUCUCUACUUAAUAUACCUACAUUUCGAACAUGCGUGUUGGGCAUUGGACCCUAGUAUCAAAACCCCAUUCGUGAUAAAAUUAUCAUCUUAAAGAUACAUAUAAUGAGCUUGAGCAUUUUUUGCGCGGUUUCUUGUGAAAAAAGCACGAUAAUGCACCGUAUUUGGAGAUUAUGGGACAAAACCACAUAACAAGCGCCAUAUUGAUAGAGGAGCCCUUUGGCAACUCACAUUGCAAAUCUUGCAACUUAACAACGAAAAGACUCUACACCACUUAUACUAACUGAAAUUUGUAUAAAGAGGAAGAAAAACUUCCUGAAAGACGCUACCACCUUCAUUGUCAUACCCGACAUUUAGCCAUAUCUUUUAUAUAUAUAUAUAUAUAUAUAUAUAUAUAUAUAUAUAUAAUGACAUUCUUUAUUUGUCAACAAAGGGGUACAAAAUAUAUCAGAAGUUAGUGGCGAGCGUUGCGACUAUAUACCUGUAGUUUGAAUAAAACGCCAACUUAGACUUACCAGACGAUAAGCUAAGUAUUAUCAAACAAAAAAAUUCUCGCACUAAAAGGGAUCGAAGAUACACAACGUCUUACAUACCUAUAUCUAGGUUAGUGUUUUUUACUUAAAAAUAUGUUCCUAACCUUUUGUGGCGUUUACUAUUUCUGGAGAAAUCGCUGCAAUUAUUUUGCCAUAAAAAACUUGAAACGGUUGAAAUUAGUAAUAUCAUAUUGAAAUAGAAGUAAAUAACAAUGGAAAUACUACCAACAAAUAUAUAAUGACCAAACAUAAUAUAUAUAUGCACAAUCGUAGAGAUAUGUAACGAAUGUGGAAAAAGAAGGUAAGGUUUUAUUCUUAGCUCACAGUAAACAAUGGCCAAUACAAGAAUAGGAAAUAGCAUACACUAAACUGUUGGUAUAUUAUUAUGAUUGUCGCCACCUUGUUAGGUUGUACUCAGGCGAUGUAGAAGACUGGCGAUGCAGUGUUUUGAACGUAGAAUCAGUUCAGUGGGUGAUGGAAGCACAAAAUGAAAACAACACCUUAUUGUGUAAAUAAAAGAAAAAUUUACUCUGUACAUAUAGCCUCGUUAUCGCAGUGCAGCCAUAAAUUACCAAGGCGAUCAUGUACAAUCGAUGGGUCAGGCGCAAAAAUACGAAACACUCCUUAUAAUGUGUUAUAUUCUGAACAGGCGACAUUGGCUAGUGUUUUAGGCGGUAUGAACUAGUUUCGUGCAGCGAAUUAGCGAUAUUGGGAAUGCAGAUGACAUAAUGGCCAUCGUUUUAUGUUAAAAUGUAGAUCUUUUUUCUUCUUUAGUCUUUAGUUGAAACAGUAAAUUCAUGUUUAUGGUGUUUAGUGAAACCACACAAAAUGCCAAACGUUAUCUAUAGUACAGGUACUGAUGUCCGAAGGUUAAACACUCUUCAAUUAGGCGACCCCAUUUCUUUGCGGAGACGCACCUUCUUAGACUAGAAUACGGCAUAACGUAUAGGUAGACAUACACGAUCUAUAAAACAAUUAAUUAAUUCAAUCAACAAGAAAAAGGAAAUUUAAUGAAAAAGAAAAUCUAUAUAGAGUUGAAAAAUAACAAGCCUAAUAAUGUGUAUGUAAUGUAUAACUUAGUAAAAAUAUACUUUAGCGUCAUAGGAGCAUGUGUUGUUGUUACGUUACAGGAACUUCACUUAAAUUUAUUAGCCCCUCAGCGAACCCUAUCAGCUAACCGAAAAAAGAGGGUGGAUAACAAUAAUUUGCACGAAAAUCAAGUGCAUUUUUAUUGUUUCUCUAGCAUAUGUUGUCGGAAUGUUUCAUUAGAAAUUAAUUCUCGCCAAAUCAGCAUCUCACUUGAUGAACAUGUUUAGGAUGUGCUUAUAAACGAUACUUCCCAGGCAAAAAAAAAUUGUUCAGGUAAUCAAGGGAAAUGGUCAGAUGCAAUGUUGGCUCGUGCGCUACAAAGUUUAUUUGAGGCAACUAUGGAAGAAUAUUUCUAACAUUAUUCUGUUUUGGUAUAGUUACGUAUGAAAAAAAGCCUAUGAAUAUACUUAUUUGAACGCCUCUUUACAUCUAUUUGAUAAAAGUUUUCAUGAUAAAAUACAUCAUUUCAAGCUGUGCCGUUUAUGUAAAUACUCGUCAAGUUAAUAGAUAUAAUUUGCAUCAAUGGCAUUGUGAAGUUUAAUCAGAAAUCGCAUGAACGGAAAAUGUUUGAAUUAAUUAUAUUCCGUGCGCAAGCGGAACUAUAACGUUCCAUGUGUGCAUUACACAGAAGGGUUAAUGGUAAUCCAAUACUUUUGCAAGCAGAAGUGAAAAAGGUACAUUAUUAGAUAAUUAGAUGCAUAAAUACGUAAAUCGAAACUAUCGGGGUGUAUUCAUUAAUACAAGCAGCAGCAGCAGCAUUCGUUGUCGAAUUAAUGGUCUUAAAUAACCUGCAGAUGAUGCAACGUUCCUUACGCGUUGGCUUCCUGACAUGAUUCCCUCAUGUGUUUUUCAUUUAAUCGAAUUCUGGCAUAAACACCAUUUCUCCAUUAUAAUCUAAAAACUAAAGUUGAUCUUGAGACUAAUGUUCUGAUGUUUGUGUUGAAUCAGGUUGAUUUGUGCUUACAAAGAUCACGCGUUUUCUUCGUCGGUCCUUGAGCUCCCUGUCAUAACACAACUGUAGAUAGUUACUCUUAAUAAAAAGUUGGUUCAUUAUUACAUCUCA